AUGGCAACAGCUAUGUCAGCAAAUUGUAUGAUUUCACCAGAACCAUUAUUAGAACAAUUCAAUUGCCCAAUAUGUCUAAACAUAAUGAAAGAUGUUUGGGUAACAGUGUGUUUCCAUCGUUUUUGUGAGGAAUGUAUCAAAGAAUCUAUCAAUUCAAAUCAUCGAUGUCCGUUGUGUAAUAAAGAUUUACAGCAAGAUAAUAUUCAACGUGAUGCUCAAUACAAUACUUUACUAGAAGCUAUUGACAAGGCCAUUCAAGAUGCUGAAGCACAUAAAGCAGCAUCAUUUGCUAAUCAAAUUGUUACUCAAAUAGGCGAUAAUUCAGUACGAACAAUUCUUGAAGAACUCUUUCGUGAUACUCUUGUAACAUCGUUGGCCAAUCAUUUAACAAGCGAAAAUGAUAUGCGUAGUCGAUAUAAACGUAAAAAAAGUGAUAUUGAAGCAGCAUAUAAUCGAGCUGUAGUGAGACUUCAAGAAAAAAAAUCAACAAAGGAAGAAUAUAAGAACAAUCUUGAUGAACUAACUAUUAAAUUUAAAGACGAUAUAAAAAAACUCGAUGAAGAAAUUCGAAAUGUUCAAGUACUUUUUAUUCAGGCAUAUAAAAAUCAUCUUAAUGAGCAUGUUUCUAAUUUCGGCGCUGUUUCAACACAAGUUCGAGUCACAUUAUGGAAAGAAGAUCAUUUCUUUAAGAAUAAAGAUAAUCAAUAUCCAAUAAUACUAAUGCGUCCCGAAGAUCGAAUGGAGAUAUUGUUGCAAGCAUUAGAUGAAUUAAUACUAUUAAAUAAUGAUAAAGUAGUAAAAACUGAUGGCGUGGUCCUUUUCACUUGUAUUAAUUCGUUGGACGAUCUAUCUGAACAGUCAGUAAUAAAACGACUUAAAAGAAUGGAUAUCGAAGAUGAUGAUGAUGAUGACGAUAAUAAUAGUUUGUUGACUGUAUCUCGUAAUUGUCGACCUAUUUUAGAACAUAAACUACUACGAGGAACACUUGUUGUUAUUCAUGGUGAAGUUGUAUUAGAAAGUGAAAUACCAAAAAAAUGUUUUAAACAAAUUUAUCACGAAGAUCCACAUCAGAAACAUCUAGUCGAUUAUUUUCAAUGUCAACAAUGCGGAAAAGAUGGAAAACCACUAAGAUGGAUUUGUAAAUCUUGCGCAAGGGCUUGUCAUAAAAACCAUGAUAUUACUCCAUUAAUGUUUGGCAAUGAAGCUAGUGGACCAAAAUGCGACUGUAACAAAAGUGAUCGCCGCAAAAAUGUUUGUCAAAUAUAUCCACGAAACUGA